CAUAGCAGCACAACAUUGGAAAUUUAGAACAGUAGUAACCGAGGAAGGGAAGCUUUCUCUCUGCAAAACCCUCAACCCCUCUCCCUUUAUCAUUUUCAUUCUUCCAGCUCCAUCAAAAGAUAACAAUGGCGGGUAGAUUAGGCAGACGAGUUGUCCACUUCGCCAACCUUCCAAUCAAGCUACUAAUGCCCAACACCUUCACCAACAUCACAGAAAUAGCCCUCAAAACCAUCCCAUCCGCAUCCAAGAUUGAGAUCAAACGCGUCCUGGAAUCCCUCUACGGUUUCGACGUCGACAAAGUCCGUACCCUCAACAUGGACGGAAAGAAGAAGAAGCGCGGCGGUUUCUUAAUCGCCCGGCCCGAUUACAAGAAAGCUUACGUCACCCUGAGAACCCCUCUUUCCGUAUCCGAGAACCUCUUCCCUAUCCAGGUGAUUAAAGAGGAAAAAGACAGUAUUAAUAAGACCAGUAAGAGUAAGAGCGUUGUGGAAGAAGGGGAAAAGAAGAAGCAUUGGCUUGACGGCAAGGUGAAGGAUGAUGGAGCAGACAGGGGGAAAGGGAAAGGCUCUUAUGCCUCAGCCCGUGGCGGUGACCGCCGCGGUGGAGGAGAGGCCAAGUUUCCUUGGAGCAGCAUGAGGAAAGCUAGUUAGGUAGGUAGGGUUUGUGGCUUUUUGAGUUUUCCUUUCCCCUGGUAAGGGUUUGAAUUGCAAAAUUGGACCAUACAUGAAGAAAGAUAUUUACAUUAUUGAUGAGAAGUUAUUAGCGAUGCUAGUAUUGAAGUAAUAAUUUGAAAUGGGGUUUUAUUUGUUUAUUUGGAGGUGUUUUUAAAUUUAGUUUUUGUUCAAUUAUUUGAGCAUGAUUAGUUCUGGUGUGAAAUUCUAGUACUAUUAUGUAUUAAACUUGAUUAGCUGAAUGGAGUUGAUAAACUUGUUGAUGGAA